AUGUCAAUAAAAAAUCUUCAUCGACUUCUUUUAUGUGUAUCAAAUUGUCUUAUAUUUUUUGCCUGUUUGCAUGAUUUGUUUAUUGUCAAAUAUCGUUCUGAUAUACAUUUAAUAUCUCGUUGGAUAUUAUUAUUGAUAUUAAUAUUCUAUAUAAUACUUUUUUUUUUAACACGUUUAUUACCAAAUUUAUUUUCUAAUAUAUUUAUAUUUUUAACAUCAUUUCUUUUAUCAUUAUGUUUAUCAUUAUCAACAUUUACAUUAAUAACAAAUACAAUAGCAUCAACAACAAACUUUGUUUUAUUUAAUUUUUUAUUAAUUCUAUCAAUAAUAUGUUCAUUUAUAUCAAACUUAAUACGUUUAUUAAAUAAUACCACAUUUUAUUUUAUACAUUAUAAUGAAUUAGCUGAAUUAAUUGGUUUUAGUUGUGGUUUAUAUAUAACAUCACAAUCAAUAUCACUUUAUUAUUUAAUAUUAUCAUUAUUUCUCUUAAUAAUAACAUUACGUUUACGUGCAUUUCAUGCAUUUAUACUUUUGUUAUUUACUUUAAGUUAUUUUUAUCAUUAUUAUACACCAUACUCUUAUAUAGCAUGUUUUUGUUUUCUUGUACGUUUAAUUGGAAGACCAACCAUUGAACUUUAUUUUAUUUCUUUAACAUCACUUGAACGUUGGAUUUUAUUAUUACAUUUAUCAAGUUCAUAUCGAACAUUAUUUCAACGUUUUAUAAUAUUGCUUUAUUGUAUACUACCAUUUCAUGAUAUUUAUAUUAUUGGACAAACAGUACGUUUGCAUGAUGAAUGGUUUAUUAUUGUACCAGUAUUUAUAAUAAGUGUAGGAAUAUGGUUUCUAUUUCGUUUGUUAACAUGUAGUUUACUUUGGAUGUUAUCAAAUAAAUUAAUUGAUUGUUAUUUAACUAUGAUUCAACCAAACAGUGAUGAUGAAUAUCAUAAAAUAUCAUUCACUAAAUUAAUGGCAUCAAGAGGUAUGCGAUAUUUUGGUCUUAUUGCUUGGCCAAUUCUUGUAUGUUCAACAUUAUUAACAUGUUUCAUUGGUAUAUUACACUAUGACACAUGUACAGCUUAUUCUCUUGCAUUAUUACUUUUAACAAUGCAUUUUGAAUGUUUGAUUUUGGCACUGGUGAAACAGAUUACAUCGAUUGUUGGUGGAUCAUGUAUUGCUUAUGCAUUAGUUGCACCAGCAUUUGAUAGAAAUGUUCAAAUUCUUUCUCAACAAGAAGCUUAUGAUAGUAGUCAACGCUGUACAAAUAUACUCAAUGGUCUUGAACGUUUUAUGGCUAAUAAUUUAAUUGAUAUAUUUGGUUGUGAUUAUUCAUCAUCUGGUAUAACCAUGAGUUUUAUUGAUACAAAAUUAAAAACAUUUUUUGCACGUCGUACUAAUGAUGGUCGACAUUAUGAUACAUAUUUUUUUUACUUUUCCGGCCCAACAUGUGAUAAUGGUGAUAUAAUUUUAUCUGAUAAUCAAAAAAUAACCUUGAAUCUUCUUUUUCAAUGGUGGUGUGAAAAUGAAUCUUCAUUAACAUCAAGACUUAUUCUCGUGUUUGAUACAUUUAAUUCACAUAAAUGGUUAAAACAAAUACGUUGUCAAACAUUUAAUAAUUCAUGUAAACCAAGUGUUUUUGUUAUUUUACAAACAUUUAAUCGACAAAAGAAAAUACCAAAAUUAAUUGAAUUAGGUCAAGCAUAUUUAGGUAUAUUUACAGAAAUAUGGCUUAAAUUAAAUAUGGCUGAUGAAACAUCAAAAACAAGUCAUGAUUCGAAUGCAUCAUGGCGUGCAAAUCAUCUUGAACCAAAAUGUUCAUUUUCAUAUUAUUAUCCUGAAUUUAAUUUUCGUCAACCAUCAAAUGCUGAUGUUGAUAUUUAUUUAAAUGAACAUUCAUUUUUAAAACGACUUCAUUUUAUUUAUCAUCUUUUAACAUACAUUCCAUCAUUGUUUAUUUAUCCAUUUUUAUACAUGUUUAAUUGUAUAAAACGAUGGCGAUUUCAUUUAUUAGCACCGCGCGUUAUUGAUACUUAUCAUGGUUUUAAAUUAUUUGUUCGGUGA